GGUGGGGCAAACCGCUAAUUUUUGAAACUUAUAUGCCAUGUGCCUAGCUACUGCCGGCUACCUACAAAUGUAAUGUAGUACAAAAAAAAACGUUAACAUCAAAUCUAUUGGAUUGAUACAUACCUAAGUUUAUGUAUUUGCCUUAUUAACUCAACUGUCAACUAUUCACACAUAGUACUCGCGAACCGUUAAGCACAAGUACCUUACCUCCAGGGCCACCUACCACUGCUACCAGCCAACCAACAUUGAACAUUGAACAUUGAACCUACAUAUAUGUAGUAUCUUCUAACUACCUAUCUCAUUUCUCGGCCAGUGAAACCACUUCUUUCACCUUAACCAAUUCUUUGAGGCACCCGGUGACUCAUGCCGACCGUUAAACGAUCCUCUUACCUGAGGUUGGGCCAAAUUCGUACCCGCCUCAGUUCUUCCACCGUCUAUAAUAAUCUUUCACUGCGCAAGUCAGGUAUUCGUAUACCAUUUAUUGGUGGCUUUCACCAACUUUCCGCCAGUUUCACGCGUCACUCGUCAACCUCACUGCCAUAUCUUAGUUGUCCUAGGCUACAGACACUUCUUGCUACUGCCCCGCCCAGGGUUCAGCUAGGCAAGGUUCGACAAACAAAAUUAUCAUCUUUCAUUCAACAAGGCCAUCAUCGCCAGUUGACCAUGGAGGCUUCUGGAGAGACUUCGGCAGCACCGUACCCAUAUCAGGACCAAGAUCCAGAGGAUAUCUCUAAACUAAUCACCAGAUUGAACCGAGGGUCCAGGAACAAGGCCCUAGCUAGGAAGACCACCUAUGCUGUUAAGGGGUCCCCUGACAACAUUUCCGUUAAUUCCUGGCGUCUUCAAGAUUGGGAUUACAAAAAGGCUGGAUUGCCUACUUAUGCUCGAGGUCUGUUUACAGCAAAGAACCGCCGUGGCCAGCAGGAGAUCGUUGUUAGGGGAUAUGAUAAAUUCUUCAACAUUGACGAAGUGCAGGCUACCAAAUGGGCAAAAAUAAUGACCAAUACCCAAGGCCCAUAUGAACUAACCUUGAAGGAGAACGGAUGCAUCAUCUUCAUCAGUGGCCUUGAGGACGGUACUCUCCUUGUGUGCAGCAAGCAUUCUACUGGAGAUCGUAGCGAUGUUGAAGUCAGCCAUGCUAGCGCUGGCGAGAGAUGGGUCGAUAAACAGCUGGCUACGAUUGGAAAGACAAGAGAAGAGUUUGCCCGAGAGUUGAGACGAAGAAAUGCGACUGCUGUAGCCGAGCUUUGCGAUGAUGAAUUUGAAGAGCAUAUCUUAGCAUAUGGUCCCGAAAAAGCCGGCCUUUAUCUCCAUGGCGUUAACGUCAACAUUCCCGAGUUCCUGACGUAUUCAAGCGAUCUGGUCCACCAGUUUGCCGAUGAUUGGGGAUUCCGCAAGAUUGCAGUCAAAAAGAUGGACGAUGCCGCCUCUGUGAAGACCUUCUUGGAGGGCGUCGCUCAAUCAGGAGCACAUGAAGGUCGAGAUGUUGAAGGCUUUGUCAUCCGCUGCAAGAUGUCUCGUUAUCCGGAAAGGGCACCACAUACCGACUGGUUUUUCAAAUUCAAGUUUGAGGAGCCAUACUUACUAUAUCGACAAUGGCGAGAGUGUACCAAGUCUUUAAUCGCCGGAAAGCCCCCUAAAUACAAGAAGCAUCUUAAGAUUACCAAUGAGUACCUCCAGUAUGCUCGCAAAAGGUUAGCCUCGGACCCCGAUUUGGCGAAGGCCUAUAACGAGAAUCAUGGCAUUAUCGGCCUUCGCGAUGACUUCCUAGCAUACAAGCAUAUGAAGGGUUCAGAUGCAGCCAACAUCGAGAAUGAGAAUGGAAAUGAGGUCCUAGAUUCUGUCACUCGGGAUGUUGUCCUUGUUCCCAUUGCUACUAUUGGAUGCGGAAAGACUACAGUCGGUAUCGCUCUUACUCAUCUUUUCGGCUGGGGUAUUAUCCAAAACGACAACAUACAAGGAAAGUUGCGGCCUACGAAGAUGGCCGAUGGUGUCACGGCACUUCUUCUAGAGCAUCCAGUCGUCAUAUCAGACCGGAACAACUCGGAACGCCGAGAGCGAGAACAGAUCAUCAAGGAUCUACACCAGAGAAGCAAAGACGUACGACUAGUUGCUUUAAACUUUGCUCAUGGAGACAUAGAUGAGAUAAAGAGAGUCACAAGGGAGCGAGUGUUGAAACGAGGCGAUAACCACCAAACUAUCCAAGCUGCUUCAGAUGAGGCUAAGGUUCUUGGAAUUAUGGACAAUUUCAUCGAGAGGUUCCAGCCUUGCGACCCCGAUAACAGGCCAGAUAGUUAUUUCGACUGGAUCAUCGAUCUAGAUCCUACCAAAGAUAGUCGGGCCAACGUAGAAACUGUGGUUAGGGAAUUGCACCAAAGAUAUCCAUCUCUUAUUACUAGGUUGCCUAGCGAUGAAGAGAUGGACGAGGCCGUUAAAGCUGCUAUCGAGAAUUACAAGCCUGACUUAAGGCAUACCAUUCCUGACCGAGGCAAAAAGCCGGAUCAAUUGAAGCAUUCAGAACAACUUCAUAUCCCUAAAAAAAAGAAGCCGCUGGAAUAUAUGUCUAUUUCUGUUCCUGGCAAGGAGAUCAGGGUUGCGCUUGAGGAUGCUUUUAAGGACACGGACCCGGAGACACAACGAUUCUACAAGCAACUACAACAGACACGACGUAUCCAACCUCUCUUCCACGUAACACUCAUGCAUCGUGCGUCAUCUAAGGAAAACCCAGAACUAUGGCAACAAUACGUGAAACUCGAAGCCGAGAGCAAGAGUGAAGAUGGAAAGGUAGAUGAAUGCGACGUCCAGCUCGAGCGUGUUGUGUAUGACGAUCGUGUCAUGGCCAUUGUUGUGCGCUUGCUCGACGAAGAAGGAAAGUGGAAAUGUGUCAACAAGGUGCCACACAUCACGGUUGGUACAAGCGAUAGCAAUGUCAAGCCAAAGGAAAGCAAUGAUCUUCUCGCACGGUGGCUUGAGGUUGGCAGCGGGGGCGACACAGGUAUCGGCGAACGACUCAUUGAUGGCAAGACCACGUUGAAGGGCAAUGUCCGCGGCGUGCUAUCGAGAUAGGAAUCUAGAAACUCGCAUUCGGCUGAACGUCCCCAGAGGGUGCAGGCAAAUAACAGAAGCAGAGGACAGAACUCUCGGAGAGGUAGAGGAAGAGGGCGGGGUGGAGCUCGAGGUGAUAGAGUGGAUAGGGAAAAGGAGGAGGUUGCAUGAGAAGCCCUCCCCCCUAAAAACGGAUACUAGGUAUGGCAAGAACGUAUGAUGCAUACAGAGUCGACGAAAAGCUCAGCACUGCUCCUAUACCUACCUACAUAGUACCUGGUUUAUCUUGUUUCACCCCAAUGCCCUAAAAUACCUAGGCAUUUCACAACGGUUGGCAUUACUAGGUACCUACCUAGCACACAUAGUAGUCAAUACAAUCGCCUCUUCUGUCAAU